UCGACCGUCGUAGGUGUUCGGUCUAUUUGUCGAUGGUAUUCACGGUCCGAUAUUUUUCUUCUAACUUAUCGUGAUAUAAGAACUUAAAAAGAGUGAACGAAGAUAUAUAUAUAUAUAUAUAUAUAUACAUACAUACAUACAUAUAUAUAUAUAUAUACACAUAUAAGAAAGCUGUGGUGCGUUUUAAAUGAUAUACGAAUAAAUUAGAAUUGUUUGCUUUGAUAGAGUCAGUAGUGAAAGGAGGAAAGAAAAUUAUUUGAGUAAGCUUUCGCCAUACCAAACCUGGGAAGAAGGGUGAUUAAUGGAUUCGAUUCGUUGAACCGGAGCACCCCGUACGACGAAAGAGGAUAGACGAAUAGAAGCGGAUAAUGCAGAGAUAGAGAGUGCGAAAGAGACGGUCCGAGAUAGGAAAGAGAAAAGCGUGGAGGGAAACGUGGAAGAAGUGGAAAGUGUUCGAGUGAGACAGAGACAGGAACAGAGAGAGAGAGAGAGAGAGGUAGAGUGUGUGAUAGAGAGGAAGAGAGGGAGAGAGAGAGAGAGAAAGAGAGAGAGAGAGAGAGAGAGAGAGAGAGAGAGAGAAAGUGAACGAGAAGAGUGAGCUCGAAAAGUGGUGAUUGGUGGAAAGAGGAAGAGUAGGUUGGAGAGGAGUGAAGAGAGAAACCGAGGAUUUUAUUUCCGAAAGUGUGGAGAGCCGUGCAGAGACGGAGGACCAACGACCAUGACGGAGGGCGGACUCAAUGUUGGUGUAAGUGACUAUAUUUCCGAGAAAUUAACAUCUUUUCUGGGUGUAUUUUUGUAUGGGAUCUAAUGACGAAGAACAAGCGGACAAAUUGGCGUCGGCUGUUGGCAGGCGGCUUGGUAGCCAUUGUCGCAUUGGCCUUGGUCGUAGCCGCAGCAAUUCUUUUGACCGGUAGUCCAGAUAGCUCGACAUCAAGAACGACAAGCGCGCCUGGCAUUUCCCUCGAAGAAUGGCUCGCCGGUUCGUUAUCUCCCAAGAGCUUCAACGCGACCUGGCUCAGCGGAAACGAGAUCCUUUAUCGUGACGAAGUUGGGAAUCUUCUUAUCUAUAACGUCGAAUCGGCAUCUUCUAAGAUCAUCCUCAAUAUGACCAAUACCGCGCUCCUGUCCAGCUUUGAUCAUCAAAUAUCUGCCGACCGGAAAUAUCUUCUACUUGCUAUUAACUAUCAGAAGCUAUACCGGCACACAUACCUGGCCGAAUACAAGAUCGUGAACCUGAAGACUCUAACGGAGACGGCAUUGAUGGCGGCGAAUGAUUCUGAAUCCCUUCAACUUGCGACCUGGGCACCAAGUGGAAACGCUUUGAUCUAUGUUCAUCAGAAUAAUAUCUUCUAUCGACUGGAAGCUGAGGUUCCAACAGAUUAUCAGAUAACUGAUAGCGGAGUUUUCGGUACGAUCUACAAUGGCGUACCUGAUUGGGUUUACGAAGAGGAAGUAUUCAGUUCUAACAAAGCAUUAUGGUUUUCACCGAACGGCUCGAAACUGGCUUUUGGCUACUUCAAUGAUACCUUGACACCGGUUAUGAACAUACCAUUUUAUGGAUUUCCAGGAAGUUUGACUUUCCAAUACACGUCGGCUAUACCGAUUCACUAUCCCAAGAGUGGCACGAAGAAUCCUACCGUAAAGCUCUUCUAUGUCGAUCUCGAGGAGGUGGUACGUGGUAACACGAGAUUAAUCGAGAUCGAGCAUCCUACGGAAUUGUCGUAUGUUGAAAGGAUAUUGUCGGCCGUUAGUUUUCCUACCGAUAAUCACGUGUACGCAACUUGGAUGAACAGGGUACAGAAUAUGGCAUACUUCCGACUAUGCGACGUUGGCAGUCACGUACCAAAUUGUACGACGGCUCUAACUUACAUCGAGAAGAACGGUUGGGUCGAACAAUUCGAAGCGCCAUUGUUCAGCAAGGAUGGCACUUCUUUCUUGUUAAUAUUGCCAAGAAAACAAAAGGACCAUACAGAUUGGAGACAUCUUGUUUUGAUUAAGAAUGCAACGAGUGUAAAUCCGAUUACGGUUUCUCUAACUUCCGGCUACUUCGUCGUAACUGAAAUAGUUGCAUGGGAUCAAGAGAAUUCAUAUGUAUACUAUCUCGCCACGUCCGAGCAUAAGACAGGACAACAGCAUUUGUACCGACUGUCUCUGUCGACAUUGAACGCCCAACCCAAAUGUCUCAGCUGCGACAUCCUCAGAGAAUCCGAUAGCACCCGGUGUUUGUACAAUACUGCCAAGUUCUCUACCGACAAUUCAUAUUACGUGCUAACCUGCGCUGGCCCUGGUGUACCGGAAAUUUUCAUUUAUAACAAAAGUGGCAAAGAAAUUGCUAUCUGGGAAGAUAACGAAGCCGUUGCCGAACUAUUAGCGUCGAAGGCUCAACCGAUUGUCCAUAAGUACAAAAUACCAGUUCCCGGUGGUUUUAAUGCCCAGGUGAGGCUUCUGAUCCCACCCGAUGCUGAUUUGAGCGGUACCACCAAGUAUCCUAUGCUGGUUUACGUAUACGGCGGACCAGACACAUAUCAAGUGACAGAAAAGUUCAACGUCGACUGGGGUACAUAUCUCGUGUCAAACAAGAGUAUCAUAUACGCUGCCAUCGACGGCAGAGGCUCCGGAUUAAUGGGCAACAGCAUGCUAUUCGCUGGAUACCGGAACCUUGGUACCGUUGAAAUCAUUGACCAGAUUAAUGUAACGAGGCAUCUCCAGAAUAAGUUAGCCUUCAUCGAUCGCACCAGGACAGCAAUUUGGGGUUGGAGUUAUGGAGGUUACGCCACCGGUAUGUCACUCGCUAUGGAUUUCAAUGGUGUCUUCAAGUGUGGUAUGUCCGUAGCUCCGGUCACGGAUUGGGCUCUUUAUGAUUCAAUAUACACGGAACGAUUCAUGGGCCUACCAACCGUCGUUGAUAAUCUUCAGGGAUAUGAAAAUGGUCAACUGUUAAAUAAAGUCGAUAAUAUAAAAACAAAAAUGUAUUAUCUGAUCCAUGGUACUCUCGACGAUAAUGUGCAUUAUCAACAAUCACUGAUGCUCGCCAAAGUUCUCGAACAAAAGGAUAUACUUUUUAGACAACAAACGUACACCGAUGAGGACCAUGGAAUUCUACAAUCGCGAACACAUCUCUAUCAUUCGUUGGAAAACUUUUUAGACGAAUGCUUUCAAACAUCGUCAUGAUUAAAGCACGGAAUUUUAAUGACAAUCUAGGCACCUUAUACACCACUUGCCUCACAGUCCAUUUGUAAAUACUUUACCACUUGUACAUAGUUUAUGUACAAUAAUGUAAUAUGAGCGUUAGUGUACAUAAUUCGGGAAGAGAAAAAUAAGAAAUAAAUAAAAGAAUGAAUAUUGUCGUCGUCGUCGUCGUCGUCCUCAAUGAAAUGAUAAUGCUAUAAGAGUAAUUUCAUACUCACUCUUAAAGAAUUGCUAACACUUCCGGUCGAGGAGGUUGAAGAGUGCAUUAAAAAUGAGACGGUGUAGUUACGAAAAACAGAUUUAUGAGAAACGUCUUUGAUACAAUUUGUAAGAAAUCUGAAUUCAUUAGUAAAAUCGAAGGCCUAAGAAAAUCAAAAGGCGCAUCCGGCGCUUUGAUUUUCAGAUUCCAUAAAGUUUGAGUGCAUGUGCAUUAUAUAUUUUAUUACCAAUUAAAAAUCGCUUUUUCAAAAGCGAUCCCAAUAGGAUAUUUAUCUCCUCUUGUUUUUCUUUUCUCUUUGUACAAGAAACUACGCGCGAUUAUUUGUCCGAUUU